AGUGGGGACGCGCCACGGAGCUCCUGAGUCUCGACUCGGGGGCGUACUCCGCGGCCCCCUCACUCAUUGUGGCCACUGAACCGCCUGCACUUUGGCAGCCCUCUCAGGGGCUGCCAGAGGAAGCUCAACUUACCUGUGCCCUGCUCCGCCGCGACGGUGGACUCCAGGUUCCCUCGUUUGCUGCCGAGAGUUCUGGACCUGAGGAGAAAUGAGGGCAAGGGUGAGAGCGGCUCGAGCCGUGGAAACUGACGGGCAACAACCUUGUAUGAUUCUAGUGUCACGUGGCAAAACUCAGAGCGUUUUCAGAGCAUUGUCUGAGCGACAGAAACUGGAGGGAAGCUUUUCGGGUGACCCACGUGUUGGGGAAACGCUUACAUCUGUUUUCACGGGCCUGUGGACCCACUAACCUAUGAACAGGUGUUAAAAAUGUUGCAGUCUCUAUGGAGAGAGACAGCUUUAUCUUCUUAUUUCUUUACAGUCACAACCAAAACAGUCUAUAUGCAAAAGAUGGUUUUGUCCGUUGAAGACAAAUCAAGUUAAUGUGACAUUUCUUCAUAACUCUGUUGAGAUUUAACAUCUAUCAGCAAUCACGUCGCCCUUGGUUCAAGCAGAGAUCAAAAUAACUGACAAAAUCUGGAAUAAACAGACACAUUCACCAAAUAUGGAAGAGGAUGCCAAACCUCUCUUGGUUCCUGUGGGAGGCGAAGAAAGCAGUUUUGGAAUCAUGAAUAUACAGUUCGAUCCAGAAUAUUUAAAGUGCAAAAGACCAUUUCAUGUGGAGCCUACAAACAUAGUCAGUGUGACUGAUGAUGUGCAAAGAGUCACGGAUGAAGCUUCAGCAAUGAAUAAUCGGAUUCAUUACUAUAGCAGGCUGACCUCUCCUGCAGACAGGGCACUGAUUGCUCCUGAUCAUGUACUGCCAGCCCCUGAUGAAAUCUAUGUGUACAGUCCAUUAGGAACUGCUUUUAAAGUCGACAGUUGUGCAGAUGGCUAUGGUAAAAACUCCAGUAUAGUGACAAUAUUUAUGAUAUGGAAUACAAUGAUGGGUACAUCUAUAUUAAGCAUCCCAUGGGGAAUAAAACAGGCAGGCUUUACUUCUGGAAUUAUUCUCAUCUUGCUGAUGGGCAUUUUGACUCUUUAUUGCUGCUACAGAGUUGUGAAGUCUCGGAAGACAAUACCUUUAAUAGAUACGUCAAACUGGGAAUUCCCCGAUGUUUGCAAAUAUUACUUUGGAUCUUUCGGUCAGUGGUCAAGCCUCUUCUUUUCUAUGGUAUCACUUGUUGGAGCCAUGGUUGUUUAUUGGGUGCUUAUGUCCAACUUUCUCUUCAACACAGGAAAGUUUAUCUACAACUUUGUUCAUGACAUUAAUGUGACAGAUAUUGUUCCUGGCACGAAUGGAAGUAACAAAGUCAUUUGUCCAAGUGAUGCUGGCAGUCACCCACCACAGAACCACAGUGUAAUGUUCUCUUCUGGCAACAGUACAGAUUUUGAACUCUUUGAGAAGUGGUGGGACAAAUCACAAACUGUACCAUUUUACCUGAUCACUGUUCUUCUGCCUCUGCUGAGUUUGAAGUCUCCAUCUUUCUUUGCGAAGUUUAAUGUCUUAGGUACAGUUUCAGUUGUCUACUUAGUUUUUCUGGUUACCGUAAAGGCUGCUCAUCUAGGAAUCCACUUAGAAUACAACUGGUUUACAGAGAAUGACUUUUUUGUACCAGAGUUUAGAAUUCUGUUCCCUCAGCUCACAGGAAUUCUGACACUUGCCUUCUUCAUCCACAAUUGUGUCAUCACACUUCUUCAAAAUAACAAGAAUCAAGAAAACAAUGUAAGAGACCUCUCUAUUGCAUACUUCCUGGUGGGAUUAACAUAUCUGUAUGUUGGAGUGAUAAUUUUUGCAUCUUUUCCUUCUCCACCACUGUCCAAAGAAUGUAUUGAACAGAAUUUUCUAGAUAACUUUCCCAGCAAUGACAUCAUGUCAUUUGUUGCAAGAAUAUUCCUGCUGUUCCAGAUGAUGACUGUAUACCCACUGUUGGGCUACCUGGUGCGAGUUCAGCUGUUACGACAGUUUUUUGGAAAUACUCACCCAAGCAUUUUCCAUGUGCUGGUCCUGAACAUAGCAAUUGUAGGAGCUGGUGUAGCAAUGGCAAGAUUUUAUCCAAAUAUAGGAGGUAUCAUAAGAUACUCUGGAGCAACAUGUGGUCUGGCCUUUGUAUUCCUGUAUCCAUCCCUUAUCUAUGUGAUUUCCCUUCAUCGUGCUGGGCAGCUGACAUGGCCAGCAUUGAUCAUUCACAUCUUUAUUAUUCUCCUUGGACUGGCUAAUCUGAUUGCACAAUUCCUAUUGUGAAAGCUCCUUCUUCUCCCUGUGGCUGUCAGAAGUGAUACUGUGACAUUUGGCAACAGCCUUGAGCAACACGGUUAUACACGGGAACAAGCAAGUCUUCAAUAUGAUCUUGAGAAAAACUGCAUCUCUGAAACAAACUAAAAGCACAUCUUUAGGCACCUGAUAGAAAACUUGCUCCAAAGAAAAAACACAAUUCAUUGAGAAUUGAAAUGGUUCAGGUUUGAGUGAGGUAGGCCUCCUGAUUUUGUUGAACACACAUCAAAAAUUAGUAAAGCUCUUUUUUUUUUUUUUUUUAAAGCACAUUUGGGUCAAAAUGCACUCUUAAUUUUUGAAAAUGCUAGUAAAUUGUUUUGGCAGUAUUUUUCCUCUAGGAAAUUCCAACUAAGAAAUAAUUAACUCAUGUCUCAGUUUUUUAUUCAGAACAAAUAUGCACAUAAGUUAUCUGUAAUCUUACAAUGAAAAAAAAAAAGAAGAUUAAAAAAAUUAGAACAAGACUAUUGAAAUUAGAAUUCCAGGCUUCACUUGACUUCAGCUCUGUUAACUGAGCUGCUACAUGCUGUAAAGUUGUCUUGUUUAAGAGUUGUAUCUUGGAUGCAAUGUUCAUCACGGACUUAAUCCUUCCUUCCUAGGGUCUUACUUUAAACAUUUCUCACUGUGCUCUUCCACUACAUUAUGCUAGACAUUUUGGAUGUGAGCAGAGAGACAAAGCUUGCACUCUUCAAGGUUGUGGACUAAAGCAAAUCAUUUAAGUUUUAGAUAAUCCUUAAUGGAGUGAGUGUGUGGGUUGGGUUUUUUUUUCAGACUUCUUAUUUACUGAGACAGCGUACGUGAGUAAGCACACUGAUACCUUCCUUCACCUACCAUCUCUGAGCCCAGAUCUUAAUCCAAAAUGCAAUCAUUAAGUUGCCAUACUCUAGUGGAAUGUAAUUUUUUUUGUGGAUGGAGAGAGAGUAAAAACUUCUUCUACAGAAUUUCAGUGCUUUAAAAUAAUGAACAGAUGUAGAAUAUUUGAAAGAGGACUGAGAGCAUUGCUAAAUUCCUAAGUAAAAGAGAAAAAUAGUUGGGACUGAUGUAAUAUUUGUCAAGUAGGAAUUGAGUUGGGCAAGAUAAUUACAUUGCAGGAUAAGAGUUCAUGUUUUCAUCAUAAAAGUAUAAAGUAAUUUUUUUUGAAAAUUAUGUGAUUUUUUUACUAAUCAUGUAAAUCCUCUUGUUUGACUUAGGCUCUUCAAACUGUGUAAAGGACAUUGACUUGCAUAAAUGUCCUUUGAUUUGUAUCAAAUACAAGAUCAUACAGCUUUUAAA